AUGCAAAAGAUUGAAGAGCCCGGGUGUUCUUCAUCUGCAAAUGGUUCUCAUCGUGCUCAUCCGCAUCCAGAAGCUAAGAUAGAGCAGUAAGCUUCCCUUCGGUCACCUGAAAACACGUGUACAUUAGCCAUUUAGCAAUCCGUUCAACGAACGCCCAAUCUGGAACCGAGUCUGUCACGAGCACAUCGCGUCGGCUAGAAAAAUCAGAAGUCUUCUACUCGUCAUUGCCUCAAAUCUCGUUGCUUUCAUCGAAAAUAUAGUGGGAGUAGGACCAAACUCUGGGAAUCCAGCAGUGAGUAGUCAUGAGCUCUGGUUAGUGAGUCGUGUGCUCUUUUCAGGAGCUGCUCUCCAAGAUCAUACUCUGCUUUGUGCAACGUACCGUUGAGCAAGAAAGCUAUGUGAGCUCGCCAAACACGGUUUUCCGCAGAGGCAAAGCGUUAUUUCAGGGCCAUGAAAACUUUCUAGAGAUGCUGUUCGACAAGUUUCCCGGGUUCGAUCCGGUGAGUUUUAAAUCGUGUGUUGAUUAGCGUUAAGUGCUUCGUUUCCAGAAAGGCAUGAAAUACCAAGAGGUCUACAUUUCCAUUGCGCCAAUGAUCGACGAUGUGAACUGGUUCCGAAUGAAGUUCGACAGACGAGACUCGAAAGAAGCGUAUGGCAGUUUGGCAAAGAUCAUCCACGUUUACCUGGUAUCAAGUCUCACUCUUACACUAAUGUACACUACUAACUAAUUAAGCUGAGCACCAACUUUGGUGUGACGCGCUCGGAAGCCGAUCAACUGCUCCUGGCCAUUUAUAUGACAAGUGUGUGGUGUGCGAUUCUUAGGAAAAACCCGACCGCUCUACAACGUGGUCCCAUUGUCGACAACGAGGAUUUGGAAUCCUAUAUCGAGUCGUGGAUCUUUGAUCCGUUUUUCAAAAACUUCUACGGAAUGUUCGUCGCCUCGUGUGUUCACAUCAUCGAACUGGGCGAACAACACGAGAAGAAGCUUCAGCCGGAGUCUUCGGACGCCUUACCUCAGGUCGAACAUGUCGCAAUUGCUCCGCCCCCAGGGCUCGGCGAGCAUCAUUCACUCUCGCAAAGAGGAAACGCUGUUCCGGUUGGAAUGUCAGUCCAUCCGACAUGGAAUUCAAGCCCUUAUGGUCCAGGAACAUUCGAUCAAGAGCUUUGGUACGGAAGCGGAGCGUUGAAUCCACAGAUGAUUCCACAACAAACAUAUCCACACCAUGCUGUUGUCCAGCCGUGUCCCCCGUUCCCUUAUAACUUUAUGGAGCCUGGUCCCUCAUCUCUAGAGUCCAUUACCGCCACGUCAACAGCAACUCCGAAAGCGCCGAGAAAGCGGAAAAAUGCAGAUCAAACAAAGUUCCAAGCCCUUCCGAGCAUUGAUGAACUGGUAACCGUGUCCCGUCUCUUCUGAAAACGUCUCACUACUCUCGCUCUCAGUUUCAGACCAAUUUCCAAACGUCACCGUCGAGCAACCGCAAAAAGGGCCCGAAACCAGGUACCCCGUAUAGGGAGCGAAUAACGGUUCAUUCGACUCUGCUACGUGGCAUCAGAGGGACAAUGAGGUGUUCGUUUGCAGGCCGAGUCGAGCCGGAUUCUUCAAAUCGAGGCGGCGAUGCUGCCACCGACGCCCGGUAG